UCCCACUCCUCCGACGCCCGUCGGAGGAAGCACUUCCAUACGGGCCAGGUGGAUGGGAUCGCUGGUUAAUUGCCGGAGAGUGCAGCAACAUGCCGGACUUGUUCUUUUUUUACUUUUUAUAUGUGUGUGUGUUUGUGUGUGUGAUCGUUGUUUUUACUUCGACCGAUCGAGGAAAAUACGUCCCUCUGACGUCUGUCGAUUACGGUGCCAGCGGUCGCUACCGCGAACGCGCGCUGGCACGGAAAGCCGUGACGCGGUUUUUUUCAAGAGUGCCUCGAUUCUAGAGUGUUUCUAACUCCUGGAUUGUGGUCACGUGGUUUUGAAAGCGCUUGUUCGUCUGCGAGCGUCCAAGCCACGGUGGAAGCGACUUGCAACGCAUGCGCACUAACGAUGAACCCGGCCGGGAGGUGUCCGCCAUUAAAUUGCAAUUGCUCUCCGUGGUUUGAGUUGCUCCUUAUCUUAAAUGUAGGCUCUCUAGUUUUAUAUCGCGGUGGCGGCGUUGAUGUCGCGCGGGGGGCGUCGAGGGGCGUUGCGCUCGGAGCUAGUUCUUGCAUCUUGCGGCGACUUGGCUCCAUUGGCACUUGCAGGCACGGGACCGUGUGUGAACGGCUUCGAUUGCCUAGACUCGGGAGGUGGGAAAAAAAAACGCGAUCGGGGCGCGCGCGCGCGCCAACUCCGUCUUUCUUUGAAGACCGCAUCCGAGCUUCGGGUUUCGAGCGAGGCGCGCGUUGGCGACGCGGCUAGCAUGACUGCGACCAAGUUGGAUCCGUGGUCGGACCAAGAAGCUGCCAAACUCGGUGACACUUGGGCCCAGGAGACAGACAACGGGGCUGUCUGCUGGGGCGACGAUGCCAGUGCCAUGAACUCUGCACCGCGACCAGAAGGACGCCGAACCACCCGCCGCGUCCGCAAUGGAAAGCGGGACAAAGGCCCCAAGAACGACCCGUUUCGCUUCGAGGGUGAGGGGGUCUCGUUCAAGGCCAAGCUGAUAGGGAGCGAGACGGUGGACAACGCACGGGGGGACCGCAUGUGCCAGGAUGCUAUGCAGAGGCUCAAGGCGGCAGUGCGGGCAUCCGGCGAGCACAAACAGAGGGUGGUGCUCGCCGUGUCUCUCCAAGGAAUCAAGAUCCGCGAUGACAAGUCCGGGGAGCUGGUGUUUCACCAUCCUGUGCACAAGAUCUCCUUCAUUUCGCAAGACACGUGUGACGCUCGUGCCUUCGGUUACGUGUGCGUUUCGGACGAGGGCUGCCACCAGUUCGUGGCAAUCAAAACUGAGAAAACCGCGUCCCAGCUGGUGAUAGCCCUGAGAGACCUGUUCCAAGUGGUGCUUGAAAUGAAGCAGCACGAGAUGCGAUUGGCUCGUGAGGAGCAGCAGCAGCAGCAGCAGACGUGCCGAUCUUCUGCUUCGCAGAUGCACACCAGCAAGAGUACAGACUUCUCCCUCAGGGGGGAGGCACAGGAGGUUCUCUAUGAGGCAGUGAGCGGAGCGCGCGAGGGGCUGUCUCCGCCCCCGGAAGCCCAGCCUCAGAGCCCCGAGGGGUCUGGAACCCCCACCGUGGACGACCUCCUGGAUCUGCAGUCCGAGCUGGAUUCUCUUCAACAGGGGAUCCAACAAAUGGAGACAACGAUAGCUGCGGCGGCCACGCUGGCCAGCCCGGUCUGCCCAGACCCGUUCGACACAUCCUUUGUGACAGAUCCCGGUCAGGCCUCCCGUGCGUUCUUCUCGCAGCCCGCGACCCCCGUGGGACCGGCCCCUCCGUUGCUGCCGCCCCCUCCUCCGGCCAGACCCGCGUCGAGUUGCGCCAGCGUGGCGCGCGUCGCUCCGCCCCCCUUCGCGGAGCAGCGCGCCCCGGAGCGCCGCCCCCCGCGGAGCCUCGCCUUCGCCCCGCCCGUCCCGCCACCCCACCGUCCCACCUCCACAGUGUCCCUGCCCCCGACCCCGCUGCCGGACCUCUUCGCGGACCUGGACCCGCUCGGAGGGGGACGCCCGCAGCAGAGCCGUGCCGACUUCUUCCGCGACGUCAAGAGUCCGCCCCGGAGGGUCCUCCGUGACCUGUACCGCGACGGGAGCUCCGGCUCGGCGGACGUGGCCUCCCUCGCGUCGUGCGGCGGCUGGGAGACGUUCGAAGAGGAGACGGCCCCGCCGCCGUCGUUCCCGCCCCCGCCGCUGCCCGACUCUUCGUCGAGCGGUGCCUUGGCGAGCCCCCCCGUGGCGAUUCCGCCGCCGACGGCGGACGAAGGCUUCUGCAGCGGCAGCAACGCGUCGUCGGUUUCGCCCUCGCUGCCGCUGGGUGCGACCCCGCUGUUGCUGCCGGGAGGCGGCAGCGGGGACAUCUUCAGCCGCAGCAAGGACCCGUUCGCGGACGAGUUCUUUGCGGCGCCUGCCGCGGCAGGGUUCCAGGAGUCUCCGGCGCUGGGUGGCUUUGGCUCUGCACCGGCCCCUCUGCUGGCCAACGGGGCCAUGACGCCCGGUGGCUCCCCCUGGCUCCUCCCACCACAGGAGGCGUCGUUUAGCCGUUGAACAGCCUUCCUCCCUCCCUCCCGAGUUCUGUGCCGGUGACGGAACCGGUUUGACAUAGUGAGAACAAUGAGUAUAAUAAUAAUAAUAAAAGGUACACAGAGUAGCUA